AUGGACGCCGGAACGAACGACAUGACGGGCAGCGAGCUCUGGGCGCUGUGCAAGCAGAAGUGGGGGCGGUCCUACGACAUCAGGCUCGUGCGCCGCGGCAAGAACAUGUUCGUUCACGUGAUGUGGAAGUUCCUCGAGCAGCAGUCCUUCCCGCUCACGCCCGAGGAGUACGAGGAGCAGCUCGACGCCGUGAGCGCGUACCUCAACCACUGGGGGUGUGCCGACCUGGUCCGACGGGAAAUCAUGGCCGCGAAGAAGCACCCGGGGUACAACGUGGGCGGCGGCGCCUCGGCGGUCAGCAUCCGCCUCGAGGGCGUCACGGUCGGCAUGGGGGAGUUCUGA